AUGGUCGACCGUGCGAACCGCCCAUCAGCGCUGAACGCGCCCACCGCGUCGGCACCCGGCCCCCAGGUCGACAUCGUCGGAGAGGGUGGCAGCCAGAAAGUCGUCGCGAGACUGCCGUCUGGCGAGAGCGUCGAGGUGCUGCUCUUUGGAGCCACUGUUACUAGCUGGAAGAGCAGCGGCGGAAAGACUGAGAACCUCUGGUUGAGCGACGCGGCCGAUCUCACUGGCAAGAAGCCUGUACGCGGUGGUAUCCCCGUCGUAUUCCCCGUCUUCGGUCCUCCCCCCAAAGAGGGACACGCCACUUCGUCGCUUCCACAACACGGUUUCGCGCGUGGAUCGCGCUGGGAGUACAUGGGCAAGUCGACUGCGGAGGAUGCUCUCGACUCCAACUCGGUCAAGCUCGACUUUGGCCUCGACCGCCAGUCGCUCAGCGAAGAGUCGCGCAAGGCGUGGCCGCUGGACUUCGGCCUCGUAUACAGCGUCACACUGAGCAAGGACAGCCUACAGGCCGUUCUCACUGUCCGCAACGAGGGCGAGGAGAGCUUCGAGUUCCAGUUCUUGCUCCACACCUACUUCAGGAUUCAGGACGUGUCCAAGAUCGCCAUCACCGGCCUGUCUGGCACCGAGUACGUCGACAAGGUCCUCAACGCCUCUACCCACACCCAGAGCGACAACCAGCUCAAGAUCACCGGCGAGACAGAUCGCGUCUACAAGGACAUCAAGCAAGACACCACAUCGAUUACUGAGGACGGCAAGCCUCGCUUUGACGUCAUCCGCGACAACGUCAAGGACACUGUGACGUGGAACCCGUGGAUCGAGAAGGCCAAGGCCAUGGGUGACUUCUCACCCGACGACGGCUACAAGAACAUGGUCUGCGUCGAGAUCGGUGCCGUGGACGGCUGGCAGAGGCUGGAGAAGGGCGAGGUCUGGGAGGGUGGCAUGUUGGUGAAGAGCCACUUGUAG